CGUUCUAUCAAAGUCUUAGCUCCCGUUCAAGAUUAGAGCUAACUUAACUUUGAAACAUAGCGGGCAAUAUUAUAAAUGUUUAGAUAGUUAUGGAAUUUGAAAAAGUAUUGAAUAAAUGUGGCGAUUACGGUAGAUAUCAGUUUUUAUUAUUGUCUUUGUUUGGCUUGUUGAAUAUAUUCUCGGCAUGGCAUUAUUUUGCCCAAACCAUUAUAGGAUUUACUCCACCACAUUGGUGCUACCAUGAUUCGAUCUCUAACUUAUCAUUUACGGAAAUUGAAGAGAUAUAUUCAAAAUUUGAAAAACCGUCUUGCACUAAGCUCCUCAAAUUAGAUGAAUUUGGAUCAUUCGGUGCUUCUGAUGAAAAAUGCACGGAAUGGAUAUAUAACUAUGAUUUUGGCUACAGGAGUAUUUCUGCAGAAAUGAACUGGGUGUGUGAUGAUGCAUACAAGUUAGCUGUUGGCCAAUCACUCUUUUUUAUUGGAUCUGUAACAGGGACGGUUUUGUUUGGAUUAUUAGCUGAUCGAAUAGGCCGGCUGCCUACAAUGAUAAUGUCAAACCUUUCAGGUUGCAUUGGAGACUUUGCAACAUCAUAUACAAAUUCUUUGCCAGCAUUUGCUUCAUGCAGGUUUAUUUCUGGAAUGGCAACCGACACUUGUUUCUAUCUCAUGUACAUAAUGGUUUUUGAAUACAUACGACCAUCGAAAAGAACAUUUGGAUUGAAUAUUAUAACUGGCGUUUUCUACUGCUUUGGUUUGGUCAUAAUUCCAUGGAUGGCAGUUUUAAUGGGAAAUUGGCGUAGUUUUUUGGUUCUAGAAUCAGUUCCAAUAGCUACCGUUGCCUUGUAUGCAUUUUUCCUGUGUGAAAGUGCUCAAUGGUUGAUCACAAGAAAAGAUUACGAUGGCGCUGUUAAAUGUUUGAAACAUGUUGCAAAAUUCAAUAAACAAAAUGUCGAAUCAUCCGUGUUUGAUGAUUUUGAAAAGUAUUGCAAAAACGUUGCGGAAAGUAAAGCAAAUGAAAAACAUCGAGAUGAAAAUUUCUUUGGAAUGUUCCGUACACCAUAUUUACGAAGAGUGACAUCUAUUCUUGUGAUAAAAUCUAUGAUUAUAACAAUUUCCUAUGAUAUAAUUGGAAGAAAUAUGGAAGGACUUGGAACAUCGCCGUUUAUUUUAUUUUCAUUAACUUCGUUGGCCAAUCUUCCAGCGGCGUUGUCUAUAAUCUUGCUUCAAAAUAAAAUUGGACGAAAAGGAAUGGCUUGCAUUUCAUUAUUCGCGUGUUCAGUUUUCACCAUGACGAUAGGAAUCACUGUAUCACAUUUAAAUUCUGUUGAACAUGCUAUGCUUUUAGCCAUAUUAACUGCAAUUUCUCGCUAUGGAACUGUGGUAGCGUAUGAUGCUGAGGCACAGUAUGCAGCAGAACUCAUUCCAACAAGCGUUCGAGCUCAAGGAGUUGCUAUCAUACAUGUCGUGGGAUAUCUCUUUAGCUUCCUAAGUGCAUACAUUAUUUAUAUGGGAAGCUUUUAUAAGCCAUUUCCGGCGUUGUUUGUCAGUGUUAUUAUGCUUAUUGGAUCAUUUUUGUGCUUAUUCCUUCCUGAGACUGUUAAUAAAACGCUACCUAACUAUCUUUCAGAAGGAGAAGAAUUUGCACGUAAUGAAAAGUGGUUUCAAUUUCCAAAGCCAACAAAAAGAAUAAAAUAAAGUACCUAUCAAAAUAUCAUUUAAA